CAGUGAGUACUGGGUAUGUGUCACACUGCCAAAUCCCCGAUCACAAGUCUCCAUGAACGGGUGGUGAGCUGGGAUAAUAAAACCCCUGACAUCAUCAUUCCAGAAGCUUCACAAGACUGCGUAUAUAAGGGGCUGGCUGUAGCGGCAGCUGAAGGAGCUGACCAGCCAGCUGACCCCCGACACUCACCAGCCACCAUGGACAUCGCCAUCCACCACCCCUGGAUCCGCCGCCCCUUCUUUCCUUUCCACUCCCCCAGCCGCCUCUUUGACCAGUUCUUCGGAGAGCACCUGCUGGAGUCUGAUCUCUUCCCAGCUUCUACUUCCCUGAGCCCCUUCUACCUUCGGCCAUCAUCAUUCUUUCGGACACCCAGCUGGAUUGACACUGGGCUGCGGGCACCCAGCUGGAUUGACACUGGGCUCUCAGAGAUGCGUCUGGAGAAGGACAGAUUCUCUGUCAACCUGGAUGUGAAGCACUUCUCCCCAGAAGAACUCAAGGUCAAGGUGCUGGGAGAUGUGAUUGAGGUGCAUGGCAAACAUGAAGAGCGCCAGGAUGAACAUGGUUUCAUUUCCCGGGAGUUCCAUAGGAAAUACCGGAUCCCAGCAGAUGUGGACCCUCUCGCCAUUACUUCAUCCCUGUCAUCGGAUGGGGUCCUCAGUGUGAAUGGACCAAGGAAACAGGCCUCUGGCCCUGAGCGCACCAUUCCCAUCACUCGGGAAGAGAAGCCUGCUGUCACUGCAGCCCCUAAGAAGUAGAUGCCCUUUCUCUAAUUGCAUUUUUUAAAACAAGAAAAUUUCCCCACCAGUGAAUAAAACUCUUGUGUCUAGUGCUGAAGCUUAUUAAUGCUAAGGGCAGGCCCAAAUUAUUAAGCUAAUAAAAUGUCAUUCAGCAACAGAUAA